UAAUAUUUCAUUAUAAUUGUCAAACAUCCGACAAUACUGAGCUGUUGAAAGUUUGAACCGUCUAAACGAAAUGGACAGUGGGACAGUUUUUCAAGCAGUAAAGCCUCUAGUCAAUCCGACGUAUGCUUAUCUCGAUGAAAUUAGCCGAUGCGUUCACUUCGAUGACUUCCAGGAAGCCGUUCAAAAGGGAAUGCUGGUGCCGCAACGGGUCACCAACGGCCGAACGAAACUCCGGUGUCAAAAAGUAUUGUGGUUCGCUCCAUCGCGCUCAAGCUCCGAUCACAAUUUCUUUGGCAACGUCAGCUUCACCGUCAGGUGGGAGACCGUGCAACAGAAACUCGGACCAAACCUCUACUUCAUCGACCAGGCAGUUUUUAACUCGAGAAGUUGUACUCGGGUCUUGUUAACUAAAAAAAAUUAUGACGGUAGGUUCAGGAAAGUUGAUUUGAAUGUACUUCAUUCGCCUCUGCAAAAGUGUCGGCCUGGUUUUAUUUAUGUGUCGCACUGUAUGAACAAAGUUCGCAAUGGCCCUCACGUUCUGGAAAUCGCGAUCGAAGUUAAUGAUGCCGAUGCCAGGUGGCUUUACUUGAACUGUAGGCAGGUCGCCAACAACCACAGUGAGGCAAACACUCGCGUAAGAAAUGCUAGGACUUACGGACCAGAAUCAAAAGUUCAAGGAAAUAAAUGCUUGAAGUUCAACGCAGCUCAAAACCUUGUGUGUCCCUACCAAUGGACUGUGGCUGAGUGCGAGGAGAAGAUAGAUGCGGUCUUCCAGAGUACUCGUAGCGCUACCGAAAUCGGCCUAAGGAAAUCGGUUUCCAGAGAGAUAAAUAUCCCCAUUUUCAGAAAUCAUGAUCCGAAUUCAUCUUUUGAUCUCAAAUCGUCUGAUGAUCUCAAUUCAUCUGAUUAUCUCAAUUCAUCUUAUGAACUCAAUUCAUCUUAUGAUCGCAGUUCAUCUUGUUAUCUCAUCUUCUUAUCCAUCUUCUUCUUAUUCUUAUUCAUCUCCAAUUUUCCCGUUUUCAUGUUCUUCUUCUUAUUCAUUUAUUUCUUUUUAGACAGGAUAUGAAAUGAGAAAAGAUGAAUAGUCAGAAUAUGCAUGGCCAAUAUAUGAAAGAAGUAUACGAGGAUAUCCAGCUCGAGUUGCAGCUCCACCACAGAAGCAGAACUGAUGGGGUGGGCCUUUCCUGACUGCCGCUGCAGCAGCAGCUGGUGUUUGGUUCGUCAUCAGCGCAUCAUUUCGGAAGCCAGAUGUGUUGUUCGAGACUGCUAGAUAUUUUUUCUUUACUGUCAAAUGCCAUAAGUUCAAGGCUCGAAAAUACUGUUGGGCAGGCCAAAUUAACUUCUAAGCGAUCAAAUUUAUUUCUCAGACAAUUGGCAAUACAUUUAAGCUGCUCUGUAUGGAUCCAUUUGUGGACGCCAGGGAAAAAUUGUUAGAAAUAAAUGUAAAACAGGUUGAUGAUUAAUUUUUUUGGG